CUCGUUCCCUGCUGUCUUUGAUAGGGCACUUUCAAUUCUCACUGUGUCGACCACACGGAAGGGAUGGAUGUGGACGAGGAAAUCAGCUCCCUGAUUAACAAGGUGGAAUUAAAGGAGAGUUUGGAGAGAGCUGAACAGCAGAGGCCAAAGUGUGGCAAUGUGGCAAUUAGUGACAUGAAUGCAGUGGAUCUGGAAAAGGAGAAAUACAGGGAGCCAGCUAAAAACAGUGGAUUCCUGGCAGUGAAGGGUGAAGAAAGAGUGAGAAAGACUUCGAGGGACCUACGUCAAGAAAUAAUCGAUAUCGGAGGAAUCGAAAAUUUAAUUCAGCUUCGAAAGAGAAGGAAAGAGAAGAAAGAAAAGAAAUUUCCCGUUCGAGAACCAGAGAAGGAGCCAGAGGAAAUUACUGAUCCAGUUGAGAUCCCAGUGUUUCUGAGUGCUGCGGUGCAGGGAAAAAUUAAGAUCAUCGAGAAAUACCUGAAGGACGGAGGCUGUCCUGAUGCAUGUGACGAGUUUAAGCGCACCGCCCUGCACAGAGCUUCUCUAGAAGGUCACACUGACAUUGUAACCAAAAUUCUCGAAGCGGGAGCAACAGUGGACUUCAAAGAUAGGCUCGACUGCACUGCUGUUCAUUGGGCCUGCAGAGGCGGGAGAUUGGAGGUGCUUAAGAUCCUCCUGGGUAAAGGAGCUACUGUGAACGUUAAUGACAAGCUGCUCAGUACACCUUUGCAUGUUGCUACCAGAACAGGCCAUGUGGAAUGUGUGGAGCAUCUCAUCACUUGUGGCAUUGAUAUCAACAUCAAAGACCGGGAGGGGGACACAGCGUUACAUGAUGCUGUUAGACUUAACCGGUACAAGAUAACAAAGCUGCUCAUUUUGCAAGGAGCUGACUUGAGAGCCAGAAAUGAGCAGGGCAAGACUCCAAUUGACCUGGUACAGCAAUGGCAUCUCGAAACUAAAGAUGCACUGGUCCAUGCACAUUAGCAGCUAACCAUCACAGUUCAAAACAGGAUGAACCUUCAAGACUGGAAAUAUUUUUUUGGAACAGUUGAGCCUACACUUGGGUCAUGUUUUACCUUCUGCUUUCACCAAUGGUCAUUGGUCGUUUGAUACCACACUAUGAGUUUGGAUUCGAGACAGACUGAUCAAGGAGAAGGCAAAUUCAAGAACUGUCUUCAGGCCUAGAUUUCAAAGUAACACUAUUUAUUAUUCCUUUCACUCUACAUAUUGUUAUACAUGUAAUCAUAGAUACACCAGGCUCUGGAUGAUAGCUGCAUUAAUUAUAGACUAAUCUAUUUUCUUUGUGUGUUCAUUUCAAUGGGCUUCCUCACUUCUCUCUCAUUCUAGUGUUUUAUCUCCACCCACGCUGUACUAUUUAUGUUCAGUGACGUGCAGCUCCAUGACAUCAUUGCAAGGUUGCUCCAGGGUCCUGAAGCUGCUACGCAAGAGGAAACAUGUAACUAGCAGUUCGGUUCAGUUGAAAAUCAAGUCAACCUGACAUUCAUUCAUUGCUGACUGAUGUUGAGGGCGGAAGAAUGAAUUGAUAAAGCAAAACAAGUUCAAACUUAUUAAUGCCUUUCAGGACAAUGAAAAGGUAUCAUAUAAGUGUGGGGUCAGUUUGCCUCAACAUCACAAAUAUAUGAUGCAGUCUUAAUCACUCUGUUCAUCAAUAUGAUACUGCAUUUAGAGGAUUUAAAUUAUGAGGACCAGAUGCGUAAACCCUAAGUAAGAAGUUUAAAAUGAGUAGAUACGAUUCGAAAAAGAAAAACAAUUUUCUCUGGUGUGGAA